AGAUACAAAUGAUCAUACAAUCGUAUUAAUAUGAAUUUUUAUUUAAUAGAUAUUCAUAUGAAAAUAAUAUAUAUAAUAUAUUAUAUAAUAUCAUUUAAAUUAAACUAUGUACCAUUUAAAAAUACAUAUAUAUGUUAAAUCUUAAAUUUGCAUUGAAAAAAUAUUGAGACCUUAAUAUUUUGAUUUUGAAAUUUACCUAGUACUGAUAUGAACCAUCAUCAUUUUCUACAUACAGUAUUUAUCUUAAACAGAUGGGUCUCACUAGAAGAUGUCCAACUUCAGGAAGAUUAUUUGAUAUUCUUUUCUCAUGAAAGCUUUUAAAAUCGUUUUCCGUGUAGGAGGUCGCACCUUGUCCCCCUGAGAGAAUGAGCACCUACUCUACAAUCACCUGUUCUUUUGUUAAUUUUUGAUAAUUUCAUCUUACGAAAAAACCGUUUGAAACACAUCAUAUAUAAAAUGCUUAAAUGAUGUGUACACACAUUAAUCAAUAACAAUUUAAUACAUUUUAGUAUCAUUUUACAAACUGUUCUUAAAGCCCUUCACUCAUAGCUCGAGACCUUAUUAUGGGCGAUAGAGUGCAUGCUGCAACUAUCGACGUGUCAGGUUUUUGGUGCACCGAUUGUAAAGAUCUAAUCUCGAUGAUUCAAGAUCUUGAAGCAUGGCCUAAUAUUUUCACGGAGUUAAAUGAGUUUUCGAAGCUAAAGAGAGUAGAUUCUCAGAGUUUCUAAUAUUUUUUAUCCCUCGUUUUGAAAGUUUAUCGUCUGAUUCAUUAACUAAAAUAGCGUGAUCCUUUCAUAGGGAUUUGUAUUAUAUUGAUUGUUCUGUUUCGGUCUGAUUUCCCAGACCACCUCAAACUUAAGUAAUAAAAUAGUUGUUUGACGUAAAAAAACCGUUCUUAAAAAAAAAGCUUAUUUACUGUUAUUACACGCAAAAUUCAUUUUUUUUAAAGCACAGAUGUAAUCAAAGGAUGUUGUUUCUAAAGAAAUUUCUUAAGCAUUUACACUAAUUUCUCUGAUAAUUUUGUUUGUCUAUCACAUUAAAGAUAAGUACGGUAAAAGUAGUACAUAUCUUCUUGUGUUUUAUACUGUUAUCUACUAUUUUUAAUAAAUUAUAUAUACUAGUUUUGUAGCAAAUAGUAACAAAAAGAUAUAUUCAAAUAUUUUAACAAAUAGUUUUGAUUUAUUUCUCUAAGAAGAAAAAUAAAGUCAAAAAUACCUAAUCUGAGAAAUGAUUACACCUUUAUCAUAUUUUCAAAUAGUUACUUACCUCUUUUAUAUAUACAAAUACAAUUCACUUUCCACAAAUGUAAUCCUCAGCGAUUUAUUACCCUAAAUCACUUAAACAUAACAAAAAGUACAUUUUAUAUAUAGUCUCAUUUAUAUAACACUAUUCACUUUUCACCCAUGUGAGUCUUUUCUCUCUUGCUAUUGUGUAGAUUUGUUGUUAAUUCUCUCUCUCUCUCUCUCUCUCUCUCUCUCUCUCUCUCUCUCUCUCUCUCUCUCUCUCUCUCUCUCUCUCUCUCUUAAAGUUAUUACCAUUACCCUAAAUUCCUUUCAAACCAAACAUAUUUCAAGAAACACAAAAAGAGAAAAGAUGCCUCAAAGAAACAAUGUAAUAGGUUGCAUAAAUUUCAUUGCCCUCCUCCUCUCAAUCCCGGUCAUCAGCGCCGGAAUCUGGCUCACCGUGGGAACAGUGAAGUCAUGUGUCACGCUCCUUCAAUGGCCAAUAAUAAUCCUCGGAAUCUUGAUCCUCCUAGUGGGUCUUGCUGGUCUCAUUGGAGGGUUCUGGAGAAUCGCUUGGCUUCUCGUUGUUUACUUAAUUGCAAUGCUUGUUCUCAUUGUACUUUUAAGUGUUCUUAUCGGAUUUAUUUACAUGGUUACCAUGAAAGGAUCUGGUCAUCCAGAACCAAGUAGAGCUUAUCUUGAGUAUAGUCUUCAAGACUUCUCUGGUUACUUACGUCAAAAAGUUCAGAAAUCUUACAAAUGGGAUAGGAUUAGUACUUGUUUGAGUGCUACUAACAUUUGUCCUGAACUAAACCAGACAUUCACUAUCGCUCAGGAUUUCUUCAAUGCUCCUCUUAGUCCCAUUCAAUCUGGUUGCUGCAAGCCCCCAACAAAAUGUGGCUUCCAGUUCAUUAGCCCUACUAACUGGAUAGGUGCAAUAAAUAUGUCCGCAGACAUGGAUUGUCUACAAUGGAGCAAUGUGGAAAACACUUUGUGCUAUUGGUGUGACUCUUGCAAAGCCGGUUUGCUCGCAAACCUCAAGGUAGAUUGGUUAAAAGCGGAUAUCGUUCUUCUUUCAGCGCUGAUCGGUUUAAUAACCGUUUAUAUAAUCGGCUGCUGCGCUUACCGAAAUACUAAAACUGAGGAUAUUUUCAGAAAGUAUAAGCAGGGGUAUAGUUAUACAUGAUCGAGAUGAGAAGUUUAGUGGCAAAACUGUGGUGAAAUUUCUUAAAUUAUUGGAUUUCCUGUAAUUUAGUUUCUUUUACGUUUUGGCCAUUGUGGUCUUCUUUUUUUAUAUAUAUAUGCACUAGUAGAACAUUUGAUUUUAACUGGAUAAUGUUUUGUAUCUCUCUUUGGUUUGAGUUUGCAAGAACAUUUGUUAAAAGUUUAUUAUAUAAUAUUAUAAAAUGG